AUACAACGUGCCCAUUUGUUUGGCGUGGAUUUAUCCCAAUAGUCGCAAUAAACCCUAUGCAUGAAUAAUGAUUCUAAGCGCCUAAAAAAAGUACGUUAUGAGCAUCUAUCACGACGAGGUGGAAAUCGAGGACUUCGAGUACGACGAGGAGGAAGAGAUGUACUACUAUCCCUGUCCAUGCGGCGAUCGAUUUCAAAUCUCCAAGGAGGAACUGAUCGAGGGUGAAGAGGUGGCCACAUGUCCCAGCUGCUCAUUAGUCAUCAAGGUCAUAUACGAUCCGGAAAUGUUCAAGGCGGAAGAAGACGAGGAAUCCGCACUUAACGAGAAACUCGGCGACUUAAAGCUAGAGAAGAACUAAAACUAAUCCCUUUGUGUAAAUAAUACGUUGACUAGUAAAACAAUGAAUUCAAAUUAAUUAAGCUCGAGGAAACA